GUACAUCUCUUACGAACAGCGGGAUGGCACGACCGAAACAGCAGCCGGCAGUGUCCGGUACUGCUCGGCAAGCUCCGGCGCUAUUGCGGGGAAGAAGAGCUAGGUCUGGAGAAGGCGGGGCAUUUGAGAUGCUUAUCGUUGGGUCGGAAUUGGGAGAGGGAAAGCAUUAAACAUUGCCGCGUGUUACUGUGAUGAGACUUGCUUCUUUAUACAAUUGCUUCAAGUGUUGCACAUAGCUUAGAGAAUCAAAAUGGCGACUGAUCUUGCCUCUGAUAUCGAAUAUCUGAAAAGCCUCCAGGCAGUCCGAGAGCGCUCGCGAAUCGUCCUUGAACGGGCCCGAAAUGGGAGCCUCAAUAACUUUAUCUAUGAUGAGAGCCGGAUGAAGGAGACGGCGGAGUUUGUGGCUGGUGUGAUCUCUCGAGACUUUGGCCCCGACCGAUAUUCAGAGAUUCCUCCUCAUGGAAGGUGGGAGCAUUUCAGCAUCGGAGGCGUGCCGCGAUUGGAAAAUCUUGUAGAAAAAUGGCAAGAUGGUGGAGUGGAAGACGUAGAAAUCACUCGACGCCUCAUUGAUCUAUUCUUUGUGUCUGUCCUGCUCGACGCUGGAGCGGGAGACACUUGGUCGUUCCGCGAGCCUGGAAGCGACAAGUCUUACGGCCGCAGCGAGGGCAUUGCUGUAGCCUCACUGUAUAUGUUCAACGACGGAGCUUUCAACUCAGCUACGGAUGGAAAUAAGGCUGCUGUAGAUGGACGUGCCCUCAGUCAGCUCACAGAAGACACUUUCAUUCACCACUUUCAAGUUGGACCCCAGAACCCAAUCGUGGGCUCUGCAUCCAGAAUUGAAUUACUGAAUAAUUUUGGAAAGUCUCUUCUUGCUCUCCCAGACGUUUUUGGCGAAACUGGUAGACCUGGUCUGCUUGUUGAUUUUCUUCUCAAAGAUGGCAAAGACAAAGAUCUCAACUACGAAACUCUCUGGGACAUUCUUCAGCGUCUUCUACUCCCUGCGUGGCCAUCAAACCGCCCGCGGAUCAACGGCCAGCCCAUUGGAGACGCAUGGCCUCUCCGAGUGCUACAAGACGAAGACAGCGAUAACGGAAAUCCAACGACUGGAUUCCACCCGUUCCAUAAACUGACUCAGUGGCUGGGAUACUCCCUCACCGUGCCUUUCAUGAAAGUGCUGAAGCUUAAGUGGAUCAACAUUGAGAAGGGAACUGGUCUGCCCGAGUACCGCAACGGAGGGCUAUUCAUCGAUAUGGGCGUCCUCAAAUUGAAGCCUGAAGUUCUCAGCCAAGGAGCCAAGGCUUCAGGACAAGCUUUGCCACUGUUCUCGUCUACUGGCGAUGUGAUUGUGGAAUGGCGGGGCAUGACGGUGGCUCUCUUGGAUGAGCUGCACAAACUUGUCAACGACACAUUGGCGCCGCAAGGAGUCUCUCUCUCGCUCCCGCAGUUGCUGGAGGCUGGGUCUUGGAAGAGCGGCAGAGAGCUGGCGGCGAAGUAUCGACCAGAGACUAGAUCCAGCCCGAUAUUGAUUGAUGGGGAUGGAACUCUCUUUUAGAAGGCUAUUUUAAGAAAGACGAAUAUAGAGUAUAGUCUUGGUUUAAUGUGGUUAAUCGGAUGAUUCUGGCUACCUAUUAUAUUCAUACUUUUAACAACCACCUAUCUGUACACUGAUAGCAUGUGCCUGAGCGGUCAUUCUUAUUCACAGCUUGGCCUGAUUAAAUAGCAAUAACAAAUUUCCUUCUACCACUAUAAAUAAAU